GAAAGGGGUAUAGCGCCAGCUAGUGUUGAUAUACGGUAGACGUUGUCCUGAACGACCGAUGUACACACGAAGAUCGCUGCUGCAUAUUGCGGAAGUCCCAACUUUGCUAGCCCUGCCGCGCCCCGACUUCAGCCUGGUAGUGCCGCUGACGCCCGACAAACAUCACGCCGGAUAUCCAGAUCCAGUCAACUCUCGAGUAGCGAAGCUUCUGAUGAUUGAUGGCUUUCCAAGGUUAAAAUAAACUACAAGCAUUGAAUUCCAAAGUGACCAUCUUUUGUUGGCCCAGCCAUGACAAGUGGAGUGAAAUCCCCCCGGAACGCCAACAACGAUCCUGGCCCUAUGGUAGAUUUCUCCUUCGCAAACCUCACAUCGCUUCUCGAAAUUGAUGGUGAAGUGCCGAGGAACAAGACAUCGUGCAAAACCUCGAAUGGAAAGUUCAGAAGUACCUCACUCAAGUUUAAUAAUAACAAGUUGGCAGACUUGGAAGGGCUUGAUAAAGCAGUGGAUCUGCUAGAGAGUCCGUCGGAUCUGGAGUUCCUGGACCUCUCAUUCAAUGAGAUCUUAAAGCUGGAUAAUGACAUUCUGCAAUAUCCCAAAUUAAAAAUACUCUAUCUCCAUGGCAACAUGAUCAGCAACUUGGAGGAAAUCAACAAGCUGGCUGCCCUACCGAACCUCUACAACCUGGCCAUCCACGGGAAUCCCAUAGAAAACGAACCCGAGUUCCGUCCGUACAUCCUCUCCCACUUGCCACACCUCAAGAAAUUGAACUCCGCCCCAAUCACCAAGGCAGACCACAAAGACGCGGAGAGGUGGAAAACUAUUUGUGGAUCCAAGAAGAAAAGGAGAAGACGGAAGGAUACUGAUUAGAGAAUUUAUUCAAAUGUUUCUGUAACAUUCACUCUAACACUGACACCUUGGCUAUAGGAAUGUACAUAUUAUCAGGAAUCUCACAUUAUUUUCAUAAUUAUGAAUAUUUUUUUUUAUUAUCAUUAUUAAAGGCCAAGUCCACCCCAGAAAAUUGUUGAUUUG